AUGCUCGCAGACAACCUGCCCAAGUACGACUCCCAGGUGGACAGCAUCCUUCACCGCCUGGAGCGCCAGAUUAUUGAGCUCAACAAUCUCCAGUUCAAGGUCAAGAGCCAGCGGCAGGAAAGGGGGCUGCUCGAUUACAUCAAGGACUGGAAGUGGGACGAGGCCAAGUACCCGAAGAAGCGCCUGAUGGCCGAGACCUGCCAGUCGCUGAUGCACGCUGUCAACAGGCUGGACGACGAGGCCCGAAGCAAGACGAACCAGUACAACGAGUACAAGACGCAGAAGGCCAACAUUGACAAGAAGGAGGGCGCGCUGCUCACCGGCGCCGACCUCAUCGACGUGCUGACGCCCAGCGUGGUGAAGAUGGACGGCCAGGGCAAGAGUGCGAACGACGACUUCAUCUACACAGAGCACCUCACGACGGUCACCGUCAUCCUGACCAAGGGGGCCGAGCUGGAGUUCCUCAAGACGUACGAGAGCAUGACGGACUCCGUGGUCCCGAAGUCGGCCAAGCGGUUCGACCACGACAGCCUGAAGGACAAGGACGGCAACACUCUCUGGCGGGUCGUCCUGUUCAAGGACUGCGCGGAGCCGUUCAAGAAGGCCUGCCGCGAGCGGCGCUACAUCACCCGCGACUUCGAGUACAGCGAAGAUGCCUACAGCAGGCGCGAGGCCGCGCGGAAGGAUCUCGAGGAGAAGGUCAAGAGAGAAUACAGCUUGAUCAUGAGCCUUUACCAGGCCGCGUGGUCGGACGUGAUGGUCGCAUGGAUGCACAUCAAGGCCAUGCGCGUGUUCGCGGAGAGCGCCCUGUGGUCGGGCCUGCCGCCUAAGUUCGCGGCCUUCGUCGUCAGCCCCUUGCCCGGUAAGGGUGACGCGGUGCGCAAGGUGCUCGCCAACAAGCUGGGCAAGCUCGGUGGUGCAUCCGGCCCUGGGGGCAAGGGCGACGCAGAAGAGGGCGAAGAGGACUUCCCGUACGUCUCGCUCUCGUUCGUCCCCUUCACCGUUCCGAGGUAG